GCGUAGCGACGCGGGGCGGGGCCGAGCGGCGGCGGCCGGAAGCGCGCGCGGCGGCGGCCAAGAUGGCGGCGCGGCAGCGGCGGCGGCGCGGCGGGGCGCGGCGGGCGGCGGCGGCGGAGCCCCCGGAGGCGGCGGCGGGGCGGGUCUACGUGCCGGGCCGCGGCCCCCCGCUCGGCCCCGGCGAGGAGCUGGUCAUGGACGAGGCGGCCUACGUGCUCUACCACCGCGCCGGCACCGGCGCGCCCUGCCUCAGCUUCGCGGUGCUGCGCGACGACCUGGGCGAGGGCCGCGUGGAGCCGCCGCACUCGCUGCUGCUCUGCGCCGGGACCCAGGCCGAGACCGCCCAGGCCAACCGGCUGCUGGUGAUGAAGAUGCAGAACCUGCACGGCACCCGCCGGGGGGGGGGCGGCUCCAGCAGCAGCGACGACGAGGAGGAGGAGGAGGAGGAGGAAGACGAGGAGGCGACGCAGCCCCAGCUGCACCUCGCCAUGGUGCCCCACUACGGCGCCAUCAACCGCAUCCGGGCGACGGAGCUGGGGGGGGCGCCGGUGGCGGCGGCCUGGUCGGAGAAGGGGCAGGUGGAGGUGUUCGAGCUGCGGCGGCCGCUGGCGGCUCUCGCGCAGCCCCGGGCGGCCGCCGCCUUCGUGCGGCAGCAGCAGCCGCUGGCGCCGCUUUUCGCCUUCGCCGGGCACCUGGCCGAGGGCUUCGCCAUCGACUGGUCGCCCACCGUCCCCGGGCGGCUGCUGUCGGGCGACUGCCGGAGCCGCAUCCACCUGUGGGAGCCGCGGGAGGGGGGGGCCUGGGCCGUGGACCAGCGGCCGCUGCGGGGCCACACGGCCUCCGUCGAGGAUCUGCAGUGGUCGCCCAACGAGCCCUCGGUGUUCUGCUCGUGCUCGGCGGACGCCUCGCUGCGCGUGUGGGACGUGCGGGCGGGGCCGGGUCGCGCCUGCAUGCUGACGGCCGCCGGGGCCCACGGCGCCGACGUCAACGCGCUCAGCUGGAGCCGCCUGGACCCCUUCGUGCUCAGCGGCGGCGACGACGGCGCCCUGCGCCUCUGGGACCUCCGCCUCUUCCGGACGGGCUCCAGCGUGGCCACGUUCAAGCAGCACGCGGGCCCCAUCACCUCGGUGGAGUGGCACCCCACGGAGAGCGGGGUGCUGGCGGCGGCGGGCGCCGACGACCUGGUGACGCAGUGGGACCUGGCGGCCGAGCGGGACCCCGAGGCCGGGGACGACGGGGACGACGGGGACAACGGGGACACCGGGGACGCGGCGGCGCUGGCGGCGCUGCCCCCGCAGCUGCUCUUCGCGCACCAGGGCGAGGCGGAGCCCAAGGAGCUGCACUGGCACCCGCAGUGUCCCGGGCUGCUGCUCACCACCGCCCGCGCCGGCAUCGCCGUCUUCCGCACCGUCAGCGUCUGAGGGGGGGCCGGGGGGGGGGUCGCCCGGGGGGGCCUCGACUUGGGGGGCACCGGGGUGGGGCUGCCCCACUGCCGGGGGGAGAUUCCUCCCCCUCCCAUGGAGGCCUUCCAUGGCUGGACAUCGCUCCCACGCUGCCCACAUUAUUGGGGGGGGGUGUUUGUCUGUCUUGUGCCCCCCCCAUAAUGAGGGGGUGUCUCUCUCUUCCCUCCCCCAAGUGUGUGUGUGUGGGGUGACCCUGCCCCACACAUGGCUGCUAUGGGGUGGGGGUGGGGGUUGGAGGUGCCUCUUUUCCCUCCCCAAAUUGUUUUUCUCAGUAAAGAUUUUAUUAAAAAAACAAUGGGGUGAAA